AUGUUUUCCAUGAUGAAAGAGGAGAGUUGAGCGGCGGAGUGUUUUACUACACGUGAGUUUUGUUUAAUACAUCGUUGUGACUGUUUUAUUAAGAUACACGGGAUUACUCACAGCACUCGUCGAAGUUGGAUUGGAUAUUAAAGGGAGGAACAACUACGGAACAUUUAACCUUUUCUCCCAUUGUUGUUGGAAAAGUGAAUAGUACAAAGCCUGUCUUUGUUACCCAUAGUUGGAUUAUGAGUUCUGCAGGUUUAAGGAAGGUGGAGACCCUCACAGGCCUGAACUAGCCUCCACUCUCUUAAACAUUAUGGCCUCAGGCCAGCCACACUGGGAUCAACACCAUGACCAUGACACCAUGGAUAAGCUGUUUUUUGGAUUUGGUUCGGAGUCCAUGGACCACAGCUUGAGAAUGUAUCAACAGAACUCUGCAAAUGUGGGCUUUGAAAGAAGGACGUCUGGCUCUUGUUCUCCUCAAUGUCUAUCUCCCAGGACUCCCAAUCCUACACAGCUGCUGUUUUCCUCUCAGUGUCACCCAGCUGCGGGAGACCAGGUGGUUCCGUCCUUAGAGAAACUGUCAGUUUAUGAACACAUACCCCCUUGUUCGCCCAGGAGAACAACUAAGCCCCUCCCACCCCUCCCGGACAUAGGUGACAUGUCCUCUGAUGAAGCAGAAGACAACGAGGUGGAGUUUUUUUCCAGCACCUCUGAGAGCCAGAGUUUAGUGCCUAAAACCUCGUCUUUCCAGCACGGCUUACAGGGGAGGGGCAGUUUUCGGGCAAACGGUCAUAUAAACUUUGCAUAUCAUGAAGGGUUUCAAGAACAUCAGUGCGGGGUGAAAACUCAGUGGGAGCAGACAAUAACACAAAACCAAGACAGACCCAAGCGCCAGCUGCAUCGCUCCUUUUCCGGCCCUGCAGGAUCCUUAAAGGCAGCAAACUUCAGGCCAACCCUUCACCAUUUUCCGCACAGCCACCCACAGGAGAAACCCGAAGUCCCGCCUCGCAUCCCAAUCCGUCCUCGCUUCAGUGAGAGCACGGACAGCAGGCGGCUGUCAACCGAUGACUUUGAUGCGGACAAACCUCCCAAAGUGCAGCCCAGGGAGCCCAUCCCUCAGGUCAUACCACGUACCAUUAGUCCAAAAAGUCUCCCGAUUUACAUCAAUGGGGUAAUGCCUCCUACUAGAAGCUUUGCUCCUUAUCCGGAGUAUGUCAGUAAGGCUCAAUACAAGCAGAGCUGUGAGGGCUUGCCGGCUCCCCGUAGCCCCUGUAUUCUACCCAUCAUGGAAAAUGGGAAGCAAGUCAGCAGUACCCAUUACUUCCUCCUCCCACAUCGGCCCGAGUACUUGGACAAGUUUGAGAGGUUUUUCAAAGAAUCAGACUUAUAGUGGUUAUUAGUGAUUGAGUGUUUAGAAACUGAAGUUGUUUGCAUGUUUAAAGUGGAAAUAUGGAAGUCUGGAUAUAAACUGAUAUGUGGUUUGACUGAACUGAUUCAUCAGUGUUAUGAACUACUGGUCUGUUUAGGGAUUGGAUGUAUGACUUUGGACUACACACACAAAGUAUUGGUUUACCACUGCUGGAAACUGCAGAACAACUCGAAAAGGGACUUUUAUUUGUAGGGAUGCAUUAUUAAUCAAAAUUAAACUAAAGUUGGGAUUUUACAAAAUGUUACAGUCUCCCUGUGGUUUUCUGCCAAAUUAAAAUCUAUAUUAGGUUGUAUAACGGUUGAAAUUAAGACAAUUAGUACCAUAAUUUUACAGUUGUUCUUUAAAACAAAAAUAUUAGUUAUAUAUUCUAUUUUACAGUGAACUAUUACAAUAGUAAUAUUUCCUGCUUGUAUUAUUGGUCUUAUUAUUUGGUUAUGUUGAUAAGUACAACAAACCUACAGCUUUUUUUAAAUUUCAUUUUAAAUUAUCAUUCUUUAUUUUUUUUUUAAUUGUGCUGACCUAUUUAUUGAUUUCCUUGCUGUAUUGUUAAAUUAGAGUGUGCAGUAUCCUUUUUAUGAAGGAAUAGGAUGAACUGUUGCACUGUUAACACUGUGUAACCAGAGUAUAAGCUGGUUUUAUUUUGCCUUCUCUGAAACAUGCAAUGGUAUAGGUGAUUGUUUUUUUUUUCUUUCUUUUUUUU